GUUUUGUAACCCUACCUGGACUACUCUUCAUUGUUGACUUCCCCUUCCUGUCAAAACGGGAUGAAAACGACUUAAGGAUAAUAACACGCAUUUCUUUGAAUAUUUGUGAUGGCAGCACCAAGCGUUCCUCAAAAGCAGUACAGGUGCUAUUCACCAACUGCCAUGAAUGCAGCUUUUGACAAGGUGUUGUUGACAGGGGCCUCUAUAAGAACCACAGCCAAAGAAUAUUGCAUCCCAGAAGCUUCUCUGCGACACAGGUUAAAUGGGAGAGUCAAUUCCGAGGCAACACAUUCUGGACCACCACCUACAUUCACUCAAGAGGAAGAGGCACACUUCACGGACCAUCUGAAAUUAAUGGCAAGCUGUGGCUAUGGUUACAGUCGGUCAGAAGUUGUUAACAUGGCAAGCGAAUAUGCAAUAUUUCUUAGAAAACGGGACAAGGAGCAUCCGCUCACGCUGAAGUGGUUCAGGCUGUUUAUGCAACGCUGGCCCGAGCUGCAAUUGUUGAAGCCUCGUGGGCUUGAGGUUCAACGUGCCAAAGCCACCAAUACAGAAUCUGUGUCAACAUAUUACGCUGAACUGGGCUAUAUCCUUGACAAGUACAAUCUAAAGCAUAAGCCAGAACGGAUAUACAUCGUUGAUGAGAAAGGUUUGUCGACGUCCCAUAAACAGCCUUUAGAAGUUCCAAGCUGCCAAUCUCAGCAACAAGCAGUAACAUCUGCUUCAACAAACCUCGUCACAAUCAUUGGUUGCGGAAAUGCCAUAGGUAAAAGUGUUCCGCCAUUCUUUGUAUUUCCAGGGAAAAGGAUGAAGUCGCAAUUAUUAGACGGAGGUGUUGAUGGCGUUGAUGGUACAGUCACUGAGUCCGGGUUGAGUAAUAGUGCUGUGUACAAAAGGUACCUUGAGCAACACCUGCUAAAAUACUUACCUGAACGUUGUCUGGACAAUCCUGUUCUGAUUCUCUAUGAUGGCCAUAAGUCUCAGGUAAAUCUGGGGUUGAUUGAUUGGGCCAAAUCACAGAACAUCAUCCUGUUUGUUCUGCCAGCACACACAAGCCAUGUGUUGCAUCCUUUUGAUGUUGGCUGUUUUGGGCCAUUCGAGCGGAUCUACAGCUCUGUGUGUCACAAGUUCAUGCACGACAACUGUGGGCAAAGUAUCACACGCAUCAAUGUGUGUGCACUUGGAAGCAAGGCAUAUUCACAAUCACUGUCAUCAAAGAAUUUGCAAGCAUCCUUUUGCAAAACCGGCCUCUACCCAUACAAUCCAACUCCUAUAUAUUCCUCAGUAUUCAAGCCAUCAGAAGCCCUUCAACAACAAACCAGUUUCCUUAAAUCAAUCACCCAACCCUCAGGAAUGGAAGUCUCCAAGAAACCAGCAGCAAAAAAGCGAAAGUACCUCAAUUCAGUGACUGAAGGCAACAUGUACCGAACAGAGACGGAUAGUUUUGGACCAAUAAAUGUUCCAGAAUCGAAGUACUAUGGGGCCAACACAGCCAGAUCUCUAACCAACUUUGAUAUUGGAGGGGAAAGUGAAAGAAUGCCUGCCCCAGUGAUAAAAGCGCUAGCUAUUCUGAAAUAUUGUGCGGCAGACGUGAACAAGCAGUAUGGUCUGAAAGCAGAGAUAGCAGAGUAUAUCAAGAAGGCAGCAGUGGAGGUGAUACAAGGAAAACUGGCCGACCAUUUCCCGCUGGUGAUCUGGCAGACUGGUUCUGGCACCCAGAGCAACAUGAACAUGAAUGAGGUGCUCAGCAAUCGGGCCAUUGAGAUGAUGGGGGGCACACUGGGCAGCAAGACACCUGUUCACCCCAACGAUCAUGUGAACAUGAGCCAGAGUUCCAAUGAUACAUUCCCGACUGCGAUGCACAUAGCUGUCGCCAUGGAGACCCAUGAGAGACUGUUGCCUGGGCUACAGAGCCUUCAUGAUGCAUUGAAAGUGAAGGCCGACGAAUUUCAGAACAUCAUUAAAAUAGGAAGAACACAUACACAGGAUGCCACGCCCCUGACUCUGGGUCAGGAAUUCAGUGGGUACGUACAACAAAUGGCAUACGGACAAUUGAGGGUGAAGUCAUGCCUUCCCAGACUCUAUGAGUUAGCAGCAGGGGGAACAGCAGUUGGCACUGGACUGAACACCCGAAUAGGUUUUGCAGAGAAUGUGGCCAAAGAGAUUGCCCAAUAUACAGGUUUACCGUUCGUCACCGCACCCAAUAAGUUUGAGGCCCUUGCGGCACACGAUGCCCUGGUGGAGCUGCACGGAGCACUGAACGUCGUUGCAACCAGCCUCAUGAAGAUUGCUAACGACAUCCGCUUCCUGGGAUCUGGUCCAAGAUGUGGUCUGGGAGAGUUGUCCCUUCCAGAGAAUGAGCCUGGCAGUAGUAUUAUGCCUGGUAAGGUAAACCCGACCCAGUGCGAGGCUAUCACCAUGGUAGCAGCCCAGGUCAUGGGAAAUCAGGUUGCAGUUACGAUCGGGAAUAGCAACGGCCACUUUGAGCUGAACUGCUUCAAGCCAUUGAUAGUGAGCAACGUCCUGCAGUCAGUCAGACUAUUGGGGGACGCCUGCCAGUCUUUCACAACAAACUGUGUCAAUGGAAUCAAAGCCAACAAUGCUGUGAUAGGAAAAUUGCUCAACGAGUCUCUGAUGCUGGUAACUGCACUCAAUCCACAUAUCGGCUACGAUAAAGCGGCCACUCUGGCAAAAACUGCGCAUCGAGAUGGUAGCACUCUCAAAGAAGCAGCCUUGAAACUUGGCUACUUGACUGCAGAGCAGUUUGAUGAAUGGGUUCGACCAGAAAACAUGCUUGGACCAACAUAGGAGACACAACUCUUGAAAUCCUGUAUUCUAUACAGUUGUCUCAUACAUAUCAGUACAUUUGUUAUAUGAUGGUUGAAUACAGUUUUCUUUACAAAAUCCUCACACAAAAAUCUUCAUUUAAAGGACCAGCGAUACCUUCAUUAAUUGAUAAACUUGGAAAUUCAGUAUAAUUCAUUGGUGGGCAUUGAAUUAUUUUGUAAUUGGUUGUUUAAUAUUAUUAACCAGGUUUUCCGAAGGAAAAAACUGGUUAUUAGAUUGGCUAAUGCGGGCGGGCUGGCUGGCUGGUUGGCGGGCUGGCGGGCGGGCGGAACAAGCUUGUCCGGGCCAUAACUAUGUCGUUUAUUGUCAGAUUUUAAAAUCAUUUGGCACAUUUGUUCACCAUCAUUGGACGGUGUGUCGCGCGAAAUAAUUACGUCGAUAUCUCCAAGGUCAAGGUCACACUUUGAGUUCAAAGGUCAAAAAUGGCCAUAAAUGAGCUUGUCCUGGCCAUAACUAUGUCAUUCAUUGUGAUAUUUUAAAAUCAUUUGGCACAUUUGUUCACCAUCAUGGGACGGUGUGUCGCACGAAAGAAUCACGUCAAUAUCUCCAAUGUCAAGGUCGCCACAACUAAAAAUAUAUUUAAAAAAAAAAAAAAAAUGACAAAGGGGGUUAAUUUUGUUUGUUCAUUUCAAAAGUUCAGUUUGAGUUUUCUCCCUUUAUCAGAUUUUUUUUUUCACAAUGAAAACCUGGUUUUGUGACAAUUUUGUCCCUUGUAUUAUGUUGUUCUUAAAAUGGUUGUUUUAUAAAGAGAGAUAAAUGUUCUAAAGUUUUCAAGUACAUGUUGUUAUUGUUGUGCUACUGUAGUUCUCUACUGUAUUGCAUUUAUUGUGGAGAAAAUCUUUUUAAUCAUUAUUCAAGUUGAUAUGCUUGAUAAAUUUACUUGAAUGAUGUUUCUAUCUAAUACUCUUUACAUGCACUUACUUUAAAUGCUACUUGUACUGUAAGUUGUACAAUGUUGACAUCUUUAUUAUGAGUAAUGAUAAGACAUGGUCUAUCCAUGGAGGCAUUCUACACAAUAUGCAAAAUGAAGUUCUGAAUUACAUUUGUUUGGAAUUGUAUACAUUGUAGAACGGUAUGGGUGUUAGAAACAAAAUAAUGCCUGUAGAGUUUAAGGAAAGUUGAUGUACAGUCAACCAGAGUACGGUAUAGGGUGGAAUAUUACAGAGGGAUCAUUGUCAUCUAGCUAUUGUAGUACAUGUUCUGUGGAUAUGUCACCUAGCAGGCUGUUAUCCAGCUUAAAUAAAUAGGUCUAAAAUUGAUGGUAUAGCUAUAGUUUAUGCAAGUUUAUGUAUGUAUGUUUGUAUGCUUGUUUCCCGUAAUGAGAUUAUAUUUUAUACGGAGAUCAUUGUUCUCAAAAAGUUGUGAAUGUUUUUUUUUCAUAAACAUAUUUUUUUA